AUGCGAAAUGGGAAAAAACAUUUUAACUGUAUCCAAAAUUUAAAUUUUAUAAUACAUAGGAAAUGCUAUUAUUCAAUCGUUUAUGGUAUUGUAAUUAAAUGGUAAGCAAUAAAUGAUGAAAGAAUUUAAGUUAUAAAUGAGUUUAACAUGAUUUCAUUCGAAAAUAAAACAUAUUCUCACAUUAACCCUAAUGUAGAGGAAGCGCUAAUCUCUUUGAUUAAUUUUUCCUACAAAGGUUCUAUUUAAUUCAAAAUCCUAGUAAUUAUUUAGAGAUAUUAAUUUAGAUUGCUUAAUUAAUAAAAUCUAAUGUAUCUGUUGUAAUAACUAAUCCAAACAAUAAAUUAUAAAAUCUUUUAGUGAUGGGAUAUUAAGUAAUUUUAGGAGUCAAAGAAGCUAUUCUCAAUUUAGUACGAUCAAUAAAAUUGCUGUUUACAUAAGUCCUCAUUAUAAUUUUAAAGAUUCUUCUUUAUUGAUUACACCUUUCAUUGGGAUUUCUUAUGAUUUAACAGAUAACUUCAGACUUAAUAAAACAUAUUACACAAACCAAUAAGCAAUAUGGUAUCAGAUACAUACAUUAUUAAGUACAACUAAUUAAUAUGAUUUUAGAUGAGCAGUAUUGUACCGCACAAAACCAUAAGCCAGCAUGGCUCAAGUAUAAAUUUAUAGUUAAAUUGUCAAUAUGUCCUGCUACCCAAAUAUUCAAUACUUAGGAUACAUUUUCAAUAAUUCUUGAUUAAAGUCAUGAAUUAAUUAGCAGAAAGAUUUAUGCAAAAAGCUUUACAAAUAAAUCUAUUUAAAGUUAUUUAAAUAAAUGUAAUGAACGUUUACAAAGUUAAUAACACUAGUUUAAGCAUAAUUGCUACGGGGCUAUCAAUACAAUUAAUUUUUCAAUUAAACUAUUCCCAACAACUUAGGCACAUUAAGAAUUGAUAAAGUGUAUUAAGUAUUAUACAAUUAUGAGAAAUGAAGUCAAAGUCAUAGAUAUCAAACAAAUUGACACUUAAUUAUGA